UUAAUAAAUUUAAAAAAGAAAAUAUCCAUAUGCAUGAAUAGAGGAAUUUUUGCGAAAAAGAGGAAUUUCAGCGAAUUGCCUUGCCAUCACAUGGCAGCGCUUCAUUUCUUCGUAAUUUUUGGUAAACAAAUGAGGUUCAAAAGAGUGUAAAAUGUAAUUUUUAAAAUAAAGAUUUUUUAUAUAAAAAACCUGCUAAAAGUGUAAAAUGUGGAUUUAUUUAAAAGAUUAUAGUGUAAUUUAAUUAAUUUGAAGAGAAAAAUGUGAAUAAAGUGUGUUUAACGUGGUGAAAUAGCUUCUUGAAAUGUUCGAAUUUUGCGAAUUUUUGAACUUUAAGGUCGAAUAUCUCCUAAACUAAGCGUUUGCGGUACCUAUAACCCUAUAUAUUUUUUAAUCAGGAGGACUUCCUCUUUCCAACGGUACCUUCAAAUCGCGGCGCCAAAGAAAUCGGAAUUGUGCCAUUUUUGAGAAACGAAAAUUAGUUGGUGAAAUUUUAGUUUGAAUGAAAAAACGAAAAUUCCUAUGUAAAAUGUAUGGGGACCUAAAAAAGAAUAGCGACCCCUUAGGGUUAAGCUACAGCGCCUGGCUUGAGGGAGGAUUUUUUGUUUCAAUCACUAAUAUUUGAGGGGAUCUAUAGUCCAAUAAGUUGACUUUGAUUACAAUAAUACUCAAAUACGGACUUUGAGCACUCAUACUUACAUAUACUAUAUUCUGCAAGAUGCUGGAUUCCCUUUACAAUUAUUGGGCAAAUUUACCAGGUUAUCAUGUAUUAGGUUUCGGAUUAAUCGCUUAUUUUACCUAUUAUCUUAUACUAGUGGUUAAACGCCCCACAUUUGUUUGCGCCGAAGGACCACUUAAAAAUUAUCUUCUGCGGGAAAUACCAACAUUGAGUGUUAAGUUUUGGCCUACAUUUUGGUGUUUAGACAGUCGCGCUCAAACAGUUUUUGCCAGUGUCUUACGUUCCAAAGUCAUACCUCCUAUUAGCUAUGAAAGGGAAAUUUACACUCUGAAAGAUGGAGGCGAAGUAGCUUUGGACUGGAUGGACACGAAUUGUAAUUCAAAUUCGCCUUGUAUUAUUAUUUUACCCGGCUUGACAGGUAAUUCUCAAGACGAAUAUGUAAAGUGCCUAGUAUACGCGGCCAAUAAUUCUGGCAUACGUGUUGUCGUCUUUAAUAAUCGCGGACUUGGUGGUGUAACUAUUAAGACGCCACGCCUCUACAAUGCCUGUAACUGUGAGGAUUUGGCUGAGGUAGUGCAACAUGUUCGAAAUGUAUUGCCUGCACACUGCAAAAUAGGAGCAACUGGUGUUUCGAUGGGUGGCCUAGUGUUGGGUAACUAUUUGGCACGUAGAAGCCAGGAAGCGCAGACAUAUUUGUCGGCAGCUAAAAUAAUUUCAGUACCUUGGAAUGUGCAUAAAGCUAUUGAUAGUAUAGAACAACCUAUUUUAAAUAAUCUUCUCGGACGUAUAUUAACACAAAACAUGUAUCGUACAUUAAAGAGAAGUGGACUGCACGAACAUCAGGAACUCGAUAUGAAAAGUAUUAAAACGUGCAAAACAAUCAGAGAAUUCGACACCAAUUUUACCAUUAAACAUUUUGGUUAUCCCAGUGUAGAAGAUUAUUACAACGAUGCUACUUUGCAAGAUAAAUUGCAUCACAUCUCCGUGCCACUACUGUGUUUGAGUGCUGCCGAUGAUCCAUUUCAACCGCUUGAUGCCAUUCCCAUCAAAGCCGCAAACGAAAGCAGUCACGUGGCUAUUAUCGUAACUGCUCGUGGAGGCCACAUUGGAUUUUUAGAGGGAUGUUUUCCUUCGGCUAAAGAUCAGUACAUAAGUCGUGUUUUCGUCGAAUACUUUACUAAAGCCUUAUUUGACGAAGAAGGUGAAUUUCAACGAAUUAAAGAAGAUCUUCACCGAACAUACCUUGAGAAACAUAGUGAUUUCAAAGUUUAAUGUAUUAUUUAAACAUAUUUACUGAGUAUUUAACUGGUUAAUUAAAUUAAUAAGUUGUUACUAAAAAUAUAUAUGAAUUAAUAAAAAAGAAAAAUUUUAGUUUUCACAAAAGUUCAAGUAAAGUUCAAGGUCAAAAACA